AUGGGAGAUAUCAGAAACAAAAAAGAAAGAACAGGGGUAGGGCGGUACAUCCUUGGCUGCACCAGGAAGAAGCAAUUUUAUGGUAAGGCCUUUGGCUCUGAUACCAUCAUUGCAAAUUGGAGGACAAUUUGGUUAAUUGAGUUCUUUACUUCUGGGAAGCGAUCUGCUGAAGCUUUCUUUGAUGAUUUCACUAAAGCAGGCAUGGGUGCUUUGGUUGAAUAUAAUGACAAGAUCUUUGAGUGUUUAGGGAAAAAUCAACAACAGAAUGCUAUUUUGGCUCUGCGCCAGGUGAAAACAUGGGCUAAGUUGCUUCCUGAGAUUGUGAGAUCCCUUUAUGAUCAAGAUGUUCUUGCUGAAGACACUAUCCUUCAUUGGUUCUGUAAAGGAAACAAUCCAAAGGGAAGGUCUUUUAAUGCAGGCUUGCAAAGAGAUAUCACCAUUUUCAUUAACCAAGUAAACUUCUAUCUACACACGAUUUCUUUUACUCAAAUUCUUACAGUUUCCUCUACAGUCAAUAUGUAG